AUGAGUCUCGAUAUCCCCCGCCCCGACUACGGCUUCUUGCCCGAAACACACCCAUACGCCGCUCCCCUUUCCUCUUCCGCCUCCUCUUCUACUUCGUCAGUCUUCUCAGAUGCUGCGUCACAGACGUCUAGCGCAAGCUCCACAUCGUCUCAUUCCAAUUGGGACUCAGAAGAGUGGAGUCGCAACCAAGCGUCUGCCAUGGAUGCUGCCAGCCUAGCUGCUUUCCAGCCCAUUAGCCGAGUCAGCACUUACCCCCAGUAUCAACCUGCGGUAUGCCGUGAGCCCGUGCCGGAGAGGCUACCUUCUCUACGUACCGAGUUCCUGGCACCACCGGAGCAGCGUCAGAAUCCCCGCCGGUCGUCGGCGGCUGUCAACCAACGGCCCCCACCCCAGUUGGUUCGGCAAUCGGAUCGCAAGGUCAACUUCGUCGAUUGCCUCGUCGACCUGAAAGAUGUGAUGCAGAGCGUGAUGGGGGGGGGCUUUGUUGAAGUCUUGUUGGCGGAGGCCGAAAAUCUCGUUGGUCCAAUGGCCUGA